GGCUCGGCCCGAGCCCGCAGCAAACACAGCCAUAGAAGGCAGCGGAGGAGCCGAGCCGGGCUGCGCUCGCUCGCCGCCCCCCAGCCUCUUUCUUCUCCACCGGGUGCACUGCUCCGCGCCCUCUCCUCGCCGCUUCCCCCCUAGACAAAGAGGACAGAAAGUUUGUGCGGGGGAGCGGGCCAGGUGAGGAGGGGCGUGCCCGGCCCCCCAGCCCGCGCCACAGCAGCCGGACACAGGCCCCCAGCGCGCCAUGGGCGCCGCGGCCCGCAGCCUUCGGCUGGCGCUCGGCCUCCUGCUGCUGGCCACGCUGCUGCGCCCGGCCGACGCCUGCAGCUGCUCUCCGGUGCACCCGCAACAGGCGUUUUGCAAUGCAGACGUAGUGAUCAGGGCCAAAGCUGUGAGUGAGAAGGAGGUGGAUUCCGGGAAUGACAUCUACGGCAACCCCAUCAAGAGGAUUCAAUAUGAGAUCAAGCAGAUAAAGAUGUUCAAAGGACCCGACAAAGACAUCGAGUUCAUCUACACGGCCCCCUCCUCAGCAGUGUGCGGGGUCUCUCUGGACGUUGGAGGGAAGAAGGAAUAUCUAAUUGCAGGAAAGGCAGAAGGAGAUGGCAAGAUGCACAUUACCCUCUGUGACUUCAUUGUGCCCUGGGACACACUGAGCACCACCCAGAAGAAGAGCCUGAACCACAGGUACCAGAUGGGCUGCGAGUGCAAGAUCACACGCUGCCCCAUGAUCCCAUGCUACAUCUCUUCCCCGGAUGAGUGCCUCUGGAUGGACUGGGUCACGGAGAAGAGCAUCAACGGGCACCAGGCCAAGUUCUUUGCCUGCAUCAAGAGAAGCGACGGCUCCUGCGCGUGGUACCGCGGGGCGGCACCCCCCAAGCAGGAGUUUCUUGACAUUGAGGACCCGUAAACAGGCAGACAGAGCCUCUGCGGCCAAUUGAAAAGCCUCUGAGGGUUUAGACUGGUCCAGCUCUGACAUCCUUUCCUGGAAACAGCAUGAAUAAAACAUCAAUCAUCCAA